CACAUUCCUUAUCCCUAGAAUGUAUAAACUAUUGGAGACAGGAAUUUUUAUAUUUCUUUAGUGUCGCACCACAAUAUGCUGACAGAAUAGACUGAAAAUAUGGUAAUGUAUUAGUGCUAAACUAAGUUUGUAUAAUUGAGCUAUUUCUACUUCAUGUAAAGGUUUUAUGACAGCAGAUGAAAGGAAAUUAUUCGACAACCUCAAAUCGCCUCAUCUGAAAUAUUGGGUUCCGUUCAUCUGGUUUGGAAAUCUUGCAGCUAAAGCCCGGGAUGAAGGUAGAAUCAGAGACAGUGUUGAUCUGCAAGCAUUGAUGACUGAAAUGAAUCAAUACCGCUCUUGGUGCAGCCUCUUAUUUGGUUAUGACUGGGUAGGAAUUCCGCUGGUUUACACCCAGGUUGUCACUCUUGCUGUCUACACCUUCUUCUUUGCAUGCCUGAUUGGAAGGCAGUUUUUGGAUCCCACCAAAGGCUACGCGGGGCAUGACUUAGAUCUUUACAUUCCAAUCUUUACCCUCCUACAAUUCUUCUUCUAUGCAGGAUGGCUGAAGGUCGCUGAGCAACUUAUCAACCCUUUUGGGGAAGAUGAUGAUGAUUUUGAAACUAACUGGUGCAUUGAUAGAAAUCUGCAGGUCUCUCUUCUAGCUGUGGAUGAAAUGCACAUGAGUUUACCCAAAAUGAAGAAGGACAUUUAUUGGGAUGAUUCUGCCGCUCGACCACCAUAUACCCUGGCAGCUGCCGACUACUGCAUACCUUCAUUUCUGGGGUCAACAACCCAAAUGGGGUCAUCUGGGUCUGACUUGCCUGGCGAGGAGUGGCUAUGGAACUAUGAGAAGCAUGGUCAUCGACAUUCCAUGAUAAGAAGAGUCAAGCGCUUCCUGAGUACACACGAACACCCUGUCAGCCCACAGAGAAGAAGCUUUGGGAGGCAAGCCAGCGACAGCUCCAUGUUCUUCCAUCUGAGCCCAGCUCGGGAUCUGCUAGAUGUGCCUUCAAGAAGCCCCCACAGAGCCUCACCCACCCGGAAGCAAUCCCAGUCCCUGGAGGGCAGCCCCAUGCUGCAUUCCAGCAUGGGAGAACUGUCCACAAUCAGGGAGACCAGCCGAACAAGCACUCUGCAGAGCCUAACCCCACAGUCCAGUGUGCGAACCUCCCCCACCAAAAUGCCUCAGGUCCCCGAGGUACUGAUCACAGCAGCUGAAACACCAAUGCCCUCUUCAAAUGGCCAUCACCAUGACUCUGCUACCUCCAUCAUAAGCCUUGAGUUUACUGGGGUUCAGCCAAGCAGGACUGGGCAGCAAGAGAACCCAGUGGAAUUGCUCCAGUUCACCUCAGAGAAGAGGACACCACGUAGGGGCCCAAGUCCUCAGACUAUUUCUGCCAAUACUGAGAUAGAUAUGUUCAAGGUUGAGGAGGACGUGGGUGAUAGCAUGUUACCAAAGAGGUGGAGCCUCCCAGAGUUCCCCAAGUCCAGACACAGCUCCCUGGAAAACUUAAAUCCAGAUUCUGUGAGCCCUGGGCCAACUCUUUUACUUGACACAGAAACAUCAUCAGAGACCAAUGGAAUCAACCUUGGGGCUGGCUCUGCAGUCUCUCCUGAUAUGCUGUACUUAAUGGAAAACCUGGACACCAAGGAAACAGAUAUCCUAGAAUUUAAUAAUGAGCCAGUUGGGGAGUCACCCAAAGGAAUGCCACAAAGCUCUAGGAUCUGGUUCUAGAUGAGAGUCAGCCUUCAUGAAAAGCUCAGCAUCAAUCCCAGAACACCCUGGGGGCUGGUCAGUUUGUUUUAAAAAUUAUUAUUCUGUAUAAGCUGCUUAGAAAUUUGAAGGGCAUUAUGAUCCUGACUUUUUGAAAACUGAGAAAAUCAAACAUAUUCAUGUCAUCUACACAAGUGACUCUCAAGGAAGUUACACAGCCCACAGUGAAUUAUCUUAAUCAAAUCAGGAAUCUAAGAUAGAUUCAUAUGACUUAUAAAUACUUAGGUGAUUAGCUUUGGGAAAGGCCUUAUAGCUUAUAGUCCAAUCCUAUAGACACAAAGUGUUCUCUAUUUCUUUUCUGCUUCUUUUUUUCCUUUCUCCUUUUCUUUAGCUGUAAAGACAAAAGACAGUUCACAUAAUGCCCUAAAGGGCCUUUUCUACCUAUAAGUCUUUAAGGCUUUCUAGCCAACUCACUCCUACUUUCCAGAGCUGUCAUUAUCUUUUCCUAAUUCUUAAAUUUCAUUAGUGUCAGAAAUCUUCAUUUCUCUUAAAUUUCUCUUUCUACUUUCAAGAAAAGGAAACUCAUUCCCUUCCCCUUUAUUCUCUUCUCCUUUUUCCUUUGCCUUUUUCCUAAUCUUGCUUUCUCCUCCGUGACUCUACUUUAUCCCAUUUUUCAAGUUAUAAGAUUUUUCUCUUGCCAACUCUAUUGCCUACUUCUUGCCAUGGUGUUCAAAAUAUGAGGCACUGGCAAAGCCUCCUACAGAAUAAUCAAAGAUGUCAACAAAUCUACUCUUACAUACUCCCAGCCCCUCUGUGGAAAAAGUGUGGGAGUUGAUGGCAUCAACCAUUCUCUCAAAAUCAUUGCCGUUCCUUUCUUCUUCUGCUCUUUGAUCUUGGACUCUAGAGAAAACUGAAGCCAAGAGGAUGUAGAACCUGCAUAACCAAAUGCUAUGGAACCAAAGAGUAACAUGGCUCAAAUCUGUUUAACUCAAACUCUGAGAGGAAAACGCCAGUUGUGUCACACAUGGGACCAGUUACUGUGCCUAUCAGAUUGUUUGGAAUUAAAUAGGACAUUGGAGCUGGGUGGAUAAUGGGGUCCAUGACUCCAUGAUGGAGUCUGACUCCCUCCAGGAGCUCUUGGAAAGCUAUGUACUGCGAGCUCCCAACUCUCUACAGCCUUGCCUUGUAACACAUGGCUUCAGAAAGAAAGUAACCCUAGUGGUACCGUUUAUUAAGUGCUCAUCAUUUUCCAGGCAGUUAACUUGUGAAGUUCAUAGAUGAUCUCACUAAUCCUCAUAGGAAUCCUGUGAGCUUUAUAUACUAUUGUCUCCAUUUUAAAUAUGAAGAAAACAGAGAAGUAAUUUGCCUAAAAUCACAUAGCUAGGCGUAUCGAACUCAAGAGCCCACACUCUUAGCCAUUGUGCUCUAUGCUGUCUGUAAGGCCCUGAACCUGCCAACAAUUUGCCCAGAACUCUGGAUCAUGCUCCAUGGAAGCCAUGCUAAAUCACAAGUUUGUGCUAAAUCUCUCCAGUCUUGGAGGCCUUUCUGGGUCCUUCUUACUUAAGACUACAUGCAUUCAGAGAGGAGAGCAAUGCUCCAACUUUGAGGCCUAGCCAUGGUCCUCAUUUUCAUGACAGAAGCAAGUGGAUGGGAUCCUCCUAACCCUUCCCCCACUCCUCCUGAUGUGCAGUGUUAUAAUUAGCACAUUUACACAAGAUUUCAAAUCUCAACAGGCCUCCCAAGCUCCAUGAGCAAAAUGACAUUUACUUUGACUGGCUUUUCUCAAUGAACUUAAAGGGAACACUAUUAAAAGAAAUCUAUAUGCUGAUGGUUCUCUAUGUUGGUCAAUAGUGUUAGCAUCUGGAAAAACACUGAUAGUUCCCAAGCAUUAUGUUUUGACUAUGGGCUCACGCCCCAAUAUAAGACUUCAAAAGGGCCAAAACCUAGCCUUCUCCCAGUCACCAGCCUCUUCAUGCAAUUUUCUUGAGUGUUUUGGUUUAAGUACAGUCUCCUCUCUUUGGCUUGAUCUAUUUCUCAAAUACAAAUAAGUUUCUACUUAGUUACUUUUGAAAUUGAUUAUUUUUCAUUCCUAAAUUCAAGGCGAUAAAUUACAUACAAAUAGAGUGAUACAUUUUGUGGAGGGAUGGUAAAAUCUCUGUUCCCAUCACCUACGCACCUUUAUCCAGAGAAUUAUUUAAUUUCCUCAAUAUUUCUUCAAAAUUUGAGAUGGCCUCCCAUUUUCUCCUUGCAUUAAACAUUGAAUUAUGACUUGUUUGAUGAGCCCAUCUGGUGGAAAUCAACUGUAAGUUCAAGCCAGCAGUUAUGCAGAGCAGAUGAAGAAAUUCUCCAUUCUGAAAUGAGUUUUUACCCAUCAGAGAACAGUAUUGCAAAAAAAAGAAUUUAUUCUCAUGUGCCUGGUUUCGUUAACUACCUAGCCCACUUUCUCCUGAGCUCUAGAACUUUCCACCACCUGGAUGAGCGGUCUCAUGGCCUAAUGCUUAGUCUUUGGGGAUUGACAAUUCUAAGAACAGGCUCAGCUUUGCUCUACAUUAAAUGCACUCUGCAAGCCAGAGCACACAGCGAAGUCAAGCUCUAUAUAACUCUGCCGUGACAUUGGGGUCCAAGUUCAGUAACGUAAAGGCUUAUCAGCUUUUUCUCUGUCAUCCAAAAAUUUAAGAUGACUGGUUCCUAACAAAACAAAGAUGGCUGUUCUCUCACCUUCUUUUAUUAUCUUGUCUUCUCAGCUCAUGGCCUACACCAUGGCAGGUUUUGACUGUCAGCCUUCUUUGACUAGGCUUCAGAAAACAUUUGAAAUGGAGUGGAGAAAUGUACAUUUUACCAUUAGUGCAAAGAAAGAACUCACUAAAACAUACACCCCCUUUUUUUCGGCAUUCCCGUUUCAUUUCUUCCACCAGAGAGAUUGAUUUAAUCCUUAAUUAUUUUUUUCUGAGUCCUUAUUAUCACCAAAUCUGUUGAGAAUCUGGAAAGCCAAGCGGUCAUGUGGUGUGACAGAACAAGUAUUCCAAAACCGGCAUGUGAAUCCCUCUGAGUAGCUUUAGGAAGGUGAGCAAAUACCCUUCCUUUGAAAUCUUGUCUUUCCACCUGCAAAAUGGGCUCCCCUCUAGGUUGUUUCACUGGGCCACUGUGAGGCAUCGUGACAGAAUUGAAAGGCUGGAACCCCAGGCUGAGGAGUGGACAGUAGGCAUGACUGGAUCAGUGCGCUGUCUACUCACCAUGAAUUUCUCUUUGCUCCUUUAAUAAUUUUUUUCAUCAGGAUCUCCUUUUCCCUUGGAAUUCUAAUCUCUUACAUUCACAAAGCCUUUCUUCUAACAUUCACAGCAUUGAGCUUCCAACUUAUUUAGCUUAUCAUUUUAGGGUUCUUCUUUUCUUUCAUAUGUUUCUCAACCUCCCCAUCUUCCUUCUCCCUGGCAUUUGUCAUCAUUCCUUCACUUUUCAUACCAUCUCAGGCCUCAUCACCAUGGUGAUGAAUUCCUCCCCUAACCUAUUGUGUAUAGCAAUUGCCUCAAUCCAUAUGUGAAGCAAGAGAAAACUAACUGUAUUUGUUCUUUCCACUAUAAAUCCAGUGGAUUUAGAACCCUUGCUUUAAGGCUAGAAGACCCUCAUAGGUAAUCUAACCUCCCCAAACCUGGUCUUAUAUCAGCUAAUUAGGAAUAAUACCUAAAACCUCCCAAGCAAGAGCACAUUAGAAUCUAAUUCCACUGGCCCUUCCCUCAGUACAACCAUCUGAUGCUCUGUACUAUUGAUAGAAAUAACCAAGGGCUUCCUCAUUUCAUCUUAUUCAACUAUCUCAAGCAGUUCUCCAUCCUUUUGCAUUUUUAGGACAGUCUUUCCACUAAUAGGGCCUUUAAGGAUCCAUUUAAGAAUAACAGGAUUGUUCUCUGCUUGCAAAUCUCAUAAAACCCAGAAAAAGGACCCCAACCCAUUGGAAAAGCUUGAGAGACAUGACCCAACGAGCAUUCACCUCUCUCUAAACUCUCCCUUAAAUACUUCUGCCAUAUGCAGUCAUCAUGUCACCAGCCAGGGCAAAUACAAAACAAAGCAAUUUCUCUCCAAAAUGGGGAUUUGAAUGAAUACAUUUGCCCAAAUACUCAAUUGACUCAAGACCGAAGAUUGUUUUUCUAUUGUUUGUUUCUGAAUUAGUUCAUAGGGCUGGUGGUGUGGUUCAAGUGAUAGAGCACCUGCCUACCAACUGCAAGGGCCUGAGUUCAACUCCCAGUACUGCCAAAAAAAAAAAAAAAAAGAAUUCUGAAUUAUUUUAUUAAAAGGGCCCAAGUCUUUUUGCUGCAGGUUAGAUUUGGCUAGGUGGUUACCUAGAACCAUCUUCUCUGAGCUUCUACUUUUGGACAUUUGUUAACAGAGGCAGCAAAGGGAAUAUUGCAUCUUAUAUCCUGAAAAGAGAGAGAAGAUUUCUAAAAUGGAUUUUGUACGGAAAUGCUGGUGUGUCCAGGAUCUUCGUGUAGUCUAGUGGUUGCCACCCAGACAUGAUUUUAUACCAAGAGACAAUGUCUGGAGCUAUUUUUUUUGGCUGUGACAUGGGAGGUGUUACUGGCAUCUUGUGGACAAAGGCCAGAACGCUGCUAAACACACUCCAAUGCAAGGGUAAGCAUCACAGCUCUCCGGUCCAAUGUACCAAGCUUGAGAAACCUGGGUUAGACUAAAGGAAAAUAAAAAUAAGGCAACCAUCAAGGAAACUUCUGCUGAGAAAAAAAAAAGAGAGAAAA